AUGAUGUGGCCCAAUUUUUUCCUCCAGCAGGAGGAGCAGCGCAUGGCUGGCUUGCGGGGCCGGGUGGGCGGCAAGCGGCGCCCGGCCCUCAGCGACGCCCAGGAGGGCAAGAUCAAGCUGGCCUUCUUCGUGGCCAUCGUGGGGGUGACGCUGACCGUGCUGGCCGUGGGCACCGAGUUCUGGGUGGAGCUCAACACCUACAAGCAGAACCACAGCACCAUGUGCGAGGCCGCCCACUACGGCCUCUGGAAGUUCUGCUACAAGAAGCUCUGGGUGGAGGACGUGGAGGCGGAGAGGGCGACCUGCGGCCCGGCGGAGCUGCCCGGAGAAGCCAACUGCUCCUACUUCAAGUUCUUCAGCACGGGGGAGAACGCCCACAUCUUCCAGAGAACGACAAAAAAAGAACUGAACAUCACGGCGGCCGUGAUCUCUCUUCUGAGCAUCACCCUGAUGGUGAUGGGCUCGCUGUGCAUCACCAUGGCGCUGAGCAAAGGGGUGGAAUUCCUGCUCAAACCCGCCUCCUGCUUCUUCAUGAUCUCCGGGAUCCUGGUGCUGGUCAGCCUGGAGGUUUUCCGCCACUCGGUGCGGCGGCUCAUCAGCAGCGACCGGAGCGUGCCCCUGGAGUACGAGUACUCGUGGUCCGUGGCCUGCGCCGUGGCCGCCGGCGCCGUGCUGAUCUUCGGCGGCGGCUGCUUCCUUCUCCUCUCCCUGCCCGGCCUGGCCAGGGAGCCCGGCCACUGCUGCGUCCAGACCACCGCCACCCGCAGCGCCUGACGGCCGGGGGCUGGGGGGGGCGGCGGGCGGGGGCGUGGGCGUGGGCCGGAGUCUCGGGGUGUGUGUGGGGGUCACAGACAAACGAGUGCUUCCUGCCCCACCUGGGGGGCGCCCUGCCUUGGAUCAGCCCCCCCCCACCUACCGAUGAACCUCUGGGGACUUCCCCCUUGCACUGGAAGGGGCCAGAACGCAGGACGGUAGGAAAGAGGGCGGCAGGCGAAGGAGGGGGUGGGGGCGGAGGGAUCAAAUUAAUAACCUCAGCGGGUCUGUAUUUAAUCCUGGAUUUUAUAAAUGGCUAUUUGUAGCUGGAGGGGGUGUCUUUCUGGUCUCAGUCCCCCCCCCGGUCAAUCCGGAGUCAAUCCCAGUUGCAAUGGGAGAGGGGCUGAGUUCUGAUCUCAGCCCCCUGGGGUCAAUCUGGAGUCACCCCCAAUUGCAAUGGGGGCAUGGCCAGGUUCUGAUCUGAGCUCCUGGCCUCCUCCAUUCAGAGUCACUCCCAAUUGCAAUGGGGGCGGGGCUGGGUUCUGAUCUCAGCUCCUGGUGUCAGUCUGGAGUCACUCCCAAUUGUAAUGGAGACAGGGCAGGGUUCUGAUCUCAGCCCUUGGGUCAAUCUGGAGUUACCCCCUCACUGCAAUGGGGGCAGGGCCCAGUUCUGAUCUCAGCUCCUGGCGUCAGUCCGGAGUCACUCCCAAUUGUAAUGGAGACAGGGCCGGGUUCUGAUCUCAGCUCCUGGGGUCAAUCUAGAGUUACCCCGACUGCAAUGGGGACAGGGCCGAGUUCUGAUUUUAGCUUCCUGGGGUGUCAAUGCAGAGUCCAGAUUUACCCAGUGUAAACCGAACUCAGAAUUCAGACCGUGUUAAG